AUGCAUUUGUUACAUACCCAUCUUACUUACGAAACCAAAGCGAAGGUAGUCUUUGAGCAUGCUAAUGAGAGACCUAUCAUCUUCUCGAGUUUCCAACCAGAUGCAACACAACUGAUGAGAAAACUGCAAAGCAUUUACCCAGUGUUUUUUCUGACAAACGGAGGGACUGAAAUCUUCAGUGAUGUUAGAAGGAACUCUGUGGAUGAAGCCAUUAAUCUGUGCUUGGUGAGUGGCUUGCAAGGAGUUGUGUCGGAAGUGAAGGGGAUCUUUAAGGAUCCAUCGGCGGUGUCAAGAGUUAAAGAAUCUAGUCUUUCCCUUUUGACCUAUGGGAAACUCAACAAUGUCCCUGAAGCAGUGUACAUGCAGCACCUGAUGGGGAUCGACGGUGUGAUCGUGGACCUCGUGGAGGAGAUAACAGUGGCUGUUUCGGUUUUCAUUAGGCCCGUAUUGAGUAACGGAGUAAACCAGAGCUCAAUGCAAGAUGAGGAGGAAGAGGAAAAGGUGGUCAUUGUGGAGUAUAACAGGCCCAGGUUCUCAGAACGGGAGCUUUCAUUCUUAUUCAGGCUCAUACCUGAACUAGUUGAACCCUGAAAUUUAAUUAAUUACGAGGUUACAAGACUGAUGCCGUACUUAUAUACCUAUGUUAUGUUGUAUACAAAGAAGAGAGCUAGAACUGGAGCUUUUUCUUAAAUAAAGAAAUCAUUAAGUGUCA